AUGUUCUCACAGCAAUCCAGUAGCUCUCUUUCCUCUGAAGAGCAAGAGCUAUCGCAAACUCCUCGCCCCUCUCCUCGGCGCAAAGAUCCCGCCCGAAAGCGGUUGCAAUCUUUCAACUCGAACGCUUCGCCUUCAUCUUCUGCCGCUCAAAGCUCCAAGCUUCCAGCCUCCAGUCCGCUCACUGAGCUUACUCAGAGCACACAGGAAAAGCCUCAGCGGGGUUUGAAGCGCAUGCAAGCGGGUGUCACGACUUGUUGGAGCAGCAGAGAGUUACCUAAACACGCGGCUGCUUUGUUCGAUGAUGCUGUAGCGGAGGAGCAGCAUGACGCUGCGCUGCACUACCUCAAGUCCCUACAGACUCCCAUUUGGCAACCUUGCACGCGACAUAUUACCUAUCUGCUGGAUCUAUCGCUCAGAGGUCUGGAAGAAGGACGAGCAGAGAUCAAGUCUGGAAUGCCUGUUACUUCCGCCAAUCUCAAGCUGGACGCCGCAGUCGUUCAAAGCGACGAAAGUGUGCUUGAAGCUACUGCUUUGCUGAGACAGAUUGCGAUUCGAUAUGGGUCUUCAUCAGUGCUCAAGGCUUUUCCGGCCAGGACGGGAAUGCAUGAAGAGACGGAAGAGGAAAGGUUGGCAUUCGCCACUCCGAAGAAUUUGCGAGGCGCGAACAACAUCUGGAGCGUCGUCAAGGCGGCUGGGCCUCGAUGUAAGAUGGCAGAAGAGCAUGACAGCAAGCGCCUGAAGACCGAUCGCCACGCUGACGCCCGUGAUCUGAAGAUGGAAGCAGUCUGGAGGAAUGCUCGACUGAUGUUGGAUUUGUGGCGCUUGGAACGCUCAGAAGCGCUAUCUGCAUCCUCAUCAAGCGCUCGCGAUGACGACCGUGCCGCAAGCGCUUCACAUCUCUCGCGCCAGUUCCCGCUGCAAAAAGCCCCGUCACGCUCUGGCCGAUUGCGAUUGGACCUUGACGAGGGAUGCGAAGAGGUCGGCGAUGCGCUGGAUUUCGUCAUGAAUGGACUGGCCGACGAGCCGCUAGGAGAUUGCCAGAUCGGAAAAGUGGGCACCAGCGAAGAAGCUCGGCUAGAGACCGCUGUUGGGAUGCUGGACGAGGUGCGCGAGGCUCUGUGGACCGCGCUAGCCGAUAGCAUACAAGCUGACCCCUUUGAUCCUUUAGCUGUUUCAUCUCGCCCACCACAGAGUGCUUUCGAAGUCGGCCCUUGUUCGAGGCAUUGCGCAGCGCUUAGAGAUGGUGUCAAUUAGGGGCAUCCGAUCCAUUCACGAAGUGAGCUGUCCCGCAUUUAUGCAACGAUUUCUUCGUCCAGCCGGACCUGAUCAUGUGACCUUGCUGCUUGUCACAGUACCUCGUCCGGUCCGAGGAGUCGGCGGUGCCGCUUGCUCUUGCUUUUGCUCAACAUUUGCACAGUGAAAGCUACGAACGAGGGGAAAAUUGGCCAAGCGCUAGCGCGAGGCAAAGUCAAAGGGCACAAUCGAGUAUGAUCGAUGAUCUCGUCUCACGACUACCUGACAGUCAUGACGGCUUGCUCUACAUAGAUCCAGGAGAGCCUCUACUAGAUUUGCAUCUCACUAGCGGGAUCAUUGACGAAGUCGAAAAUGCGAAAGGCAAGUUGAGGAAGGAGCUGCGAGCGCUCGAAGAUCGUUGGACCGAGGAUGUAGAUGAGGAAGACGAGGAAGACAAGCAAAGUCGACCGCUCAGACGCACGACCAAAAAGCCAGAGGACAUAUUCUGGUCUUCGGGAGAAGAAGGACGAAGAGCAAUAGUCAUCACCUUGUGGAUGAGACUUGCGGAGUUGCAAGCCUAUCUCAGGAACGGCCACAUCUUCGCCUUCAUUCUCACCGUUUUGAGCUCGCAUAUUAAUCCGAGCAUGAACGAUGCCAAGCGAAAGCGUUUGGCGGCGCUCUGCCGCACAUUGGUCGAGACACUAAACGCUGGAGCAAAAAGCACGAGCAGGCGUGCGAAGGCCAUUCAGCAAGACAUGGACCACUUUCAAGCUAGCAGGAAGCCCAGGCAAGGAAGUCAUUCAUCCCCAGAGACGAUGGAGAUGGAGAAGAUUGUAUACCGCAUUAAGGAGGUCUCCGCCGCACUGAACAGUCUUGCGUUUGCUGGCAGGACGAUGAACGAGCUUCGCCAAGCGACGCCCGACGAGCGUUAG